UACAAAGCACCCAAAGAGGGUGAUGCAUAAUCAAUAGUGUGUGUGAGCGCGCGCGCGUGUGUGUGUUCAUCUAGACGGAAAAAGCUGCACCGCUCGCUCAGUGAACACUAGCAGCAGCAGCUGCAUCGUGGAUCCCGGACUCGCUCUGCGUCGGUAGUGUGUGAGCACUGGCGCUUUUGGCUGCGCUGUGAGCAUGGAAGGGGUGUGUGAAAUGCGUCCAGCUCGAAUGCUUUUGCUCGCCAGUGGACAGCUGUGAGGUCACCACGGCGCAAGGAUCUUAUUAUGUAGGACUGUAUACGUGCGUGUAGGUGCGUCAGACCAGCAGUUCUCUGUUGGAGCAGGGAUCGUGAGUGGGUCGUGAUGGUAUCGGACAUGAGGGGAAGUCAUCCUCAUCAUCCUCGUCAUCUUCAUCCUCACCAUCAUGUAACCAUCUAGUGGGCAAGCGCCGCUCGCGCAGGUGAACGGCUCUCUCGGGAUCUCUAGACCAAUGGAUCAGUGCGGACUGUACGAUGGAGUGUUUUUCUGUCCUCUCCGGUCCCAGCUGCUCUCUCUGAUCGGACAGGCUGCUCUAUUUGUUCCACAUGUCAAAGGAAGGCAUCUGGGAAACGACGGAAGUAUGGUCAUUUCUGCCCGCUUUGGCGUAAAAAACCGCACAAUUGCAGCUUCACAGUAAAUAUUCCCAGCUAGUCAGGAAGACGAGGAAUGCCAGUACCACAUGCAGAGCUAAUUCCCUGUGCUGUAGGGUUUAUUUCCCAUGAUGCUUUUGGUUGCGCAGGGACCUGUACCUAAUGAAUAAUGUUGCAUGAUUAAUUAUUUUCUGGUCUCUGAAUUAGGCCUAUUUGCAGUUUUAUUUUAAAGCGUUUGUUUCUGGAACUUCCUCCGUUCAUUUAAUACGCGUCUGGGGAUAUUAUGAAAAUAGACUUUCCGGGGCACAUCGUCGCAGCUGCUUACGUAAAACAUUGUUUUCGUUUUAAUCAGCUGGAUUUGAAACAACCUAAGAUAUACAUGAUUGUUUUUUUUUUAUGUAAACAUCCUCAAAUGCCGACAGAAACGCGGCCUCUUUUCUGAACAUCCCUGAUCCCGAGCAGAUUACAGGCUAGUGGUUUGUUGUGCAGAAGUGUGGCGGGUGAAAGCUUAAAGCUCAUGUGCUGAAAUCAUGUCCAGGUCGAACAGUGUGAGUCCACCGGGCGUGGGAGCGCCGGUCCUGAGGGGAGCACACGAGCACAGAUCGGCCUGGGCCGAAGCCGAGGCCCUCUCCAACGGAUGUCCAUACUCGGCUAGGUCGAACAGAAAGCUAACGCGCACCAGCAGCCGCUGGAGGAGGGAGGAGGAAGAAGAGGAGGAGGAGGAGGAGGAGAAGAAGAUCGCCGAGCGCCAGGCGGGACGCACGAGCUCCGUGGUGGCCCGGGUCAGUUUCAGGUCCAAGUCUGCGUGGCAAGAGAGCGGCGGCAAGCAUGAGCGCUCAUCGCCGCGUCACGCCAAUGAAGAAGUGAGACCCAAAUCGGUGGAGCUGGGCUUGGAGGAACGGACGAGGUCCAAGUGCAGGGCGGAGGAGGAGGCGCUCGCGCCCGACGUCGCCUUCUCCUUUGGCGCGUGCUGCCGCGGCGCCAUGCACGUCUUCAAGUCCAAGAAGUUCCAGUCUGAGAAGCUGGAGAGGCUCUACCAGCGCUACUUCUUCCGCCUGAACCAGAGCUCGCUGACCAUGCUAAUGGCCGUGCUGGUGCUCGUGUGCGCCGUCAUGCUCAGCUUCCACUGCGCCGCGGGGCCGUACCACCUCUCUUACGUGCUCGUGUUUUCAGCGUCCAUCACACUCGUGCUCGCGCUUAUGGUGGCGUGCAACCGCACCGGUUUCCACCAGGACCACAUGUGGGUGGUGUGCUACGUGGUGAUCGCGGCUGUGCUGCUGGUGCAGGCGGUCGGCGUGGUGCUGGUGCAGCCGCGCAGCGCCUCCGAAGGCGUGUGGUGGACCGUGUUCUUCAUCCACGUCGUGUACACGCUGCUGCCUGUGAGGAUGCGCGCCGCCGUCAUCACCGGACUCACGCUCGCCGCUAUUCACGUGCUGGGCUCCUGGAAGCUCAACGAGUCGGACCCGUUUUUGUGGAAACAGCUUGUGGCCAAUGUGCUGAUCUUCUCCUGCACCAAUAUAGUAGGUGUGUGUACGCACUACCCAGCAGAAGGCUCACAGAGGCAGGCCUUCCAGGAGACAAGAGAAUGCAUUCAGGCACGUCUACACUCCCAGAGAGAAAACCAACAGCAGGAACGCCUCCUCCUUUCCGUGCUUCCCCGCCACGUUGCCAUGGAGAUGAAAGCCGACAUAAAUGCCAAGCAGGAGGAUAUGAUGUUUCACAAGAUCUACAUCCAGAAGCACGACAAUGUGAGUAUCCUCUUUGCUGACAUCGAGGGAUUCACCAGUCUGGCGUCUCAGUGCACAGCUCAGGAACUGGUCAUGACCCUGAAUGAGCUGUUUGCAAGAUUCGACAAACUGGCUGCAGAAAAUCACUGUCUGCGGAUUAAGAUUUUAGGGGAUUGCUACUACUGUGUGUCGGGCUUGCCAGAGGCCCGGGCUGACCAUGCUCACUGCUGUGUGGAGAUGGGAGUGGACAUGAUUGAGGCCAUCUCAUUGGUGAGGGAAGUCACUGGUGUCAACGUGAACAUGCGAGUGGGGAUCCAUAGUGGCCGAGUCCACUGUGGGGUCUUGGGUUUGAGAAAGUGGCAGUUUGACGUCUGGUCCAAUGAUGUCACGCUGGCAAAUCAUAUGGAGGCAGGAGGAAAAGCAGGCCGUAUCCACAUAACUAAAGCUACUCUGAACUAUCUGAAUGGUGACUACGAUGUGGAGCCUGGCUUUGGCGGAGAAAGGAAUGUCUAUCUGAGGAAGCACAACAUUGAAACUUUCCUCAUAGUGGGAUGCAGCCAGAAGAGGAAAGAAGAAAAGGCCAUGAUUGCCAAGAUGAAUCGGCAACGGACAAACAGCAUCACCCACAACAGUUCACACUGGACCGACCGGCCAUUUUAUAACCACCUGGGGGGCAACCAGGUCUCCAAAGAAAUGAAGAGAAUGGGAUUUGAAGACCCCAAGGACAAACAUUUCAUUUUCAGAAAUACUCAGGAAAACCUGAACCCUGAGGACGAAGUGGACGAGUUCUUGGGCCGUGCCAUUGACGCUCGCAGCAUUGACCGUCUGCGCUCUGAACACGUCAAGAAAUUCCUGCUGACAUUCCGGGAGCCUGAUCUGGAGAAGAAGUAUUCUAAGCAGGUGGAUUCCCGGUUCGGAGCGUACGUAGCCUGUGCCACUCUUGUCUUCUUGUUCAUCUGCUUCAUCCAGCUUGUAGUCGUACCACCCUCCAGCCUGAUGAUCGGAUUCUAUGUGUCAUGUUUCAUCGUACUCAUGGUCGUUAUGUUCGUUUCAGUCAUUUACUCCUGCUUUGGGCUUUUCCCAGUGCCCCUGCAGCACCUGUCCAAAAGGAUUGUCCAGUCCAGACUCAACAGCACUCUGGUGGGCGUCAUUACCAUUGUGCUAGUCUUUCUCUCUGCCUUCAUAAACAUUUUCACAUGCAGCACUGAUGACCUGAAGCUGUGUUUGAGCCAAGAGUUUAAUAUCAGCCGGAGCAGUGUGAGCGCCUGCCAUGUGCGCAGCUCUGCCUUUAACUACUCACUGUCAUCCCAGAAGCACCUCUGCUACAGCUCUUUACCCACCUGCAACUUCCCCGAGUAUUUCUCAUCAUGUGUACUGCUCAGCCUGCUGGCAUGCUCUGUAUUCCUGCAAGUGAGCAGCAUCGGGAAGCUCUUCCUCAUGCUCUUCAUUGAGAUUCUGUAUAUCUUUAUCAUGGAGGUGCCAGAGGUCAACCUGUUUGACAACGUGGACCUGCUGGUGAUGGCCAACGCCAUUGAGAACGUCAAUGGAACAAGCUGUGGGACAGACAGGGUUCCCCUGAAGAUCAUGACUCCAGUGGUCAUCACUGUUUUUGUACUGGCUCUCUACUUACAUGCCCAGCAAGUGGAAUCCACUGCCAGGCUGGACUUCCUAUGGAAGUUACAGGCCACAGAGGAAAAAGAAGAAAUGGAGGAGCUUCAGGCGUACAAUCGCCGUCUCCUACACAACAUCCUCCCUAAAGAUGUGGCUGCUCAUUUCCUGGCUCGGGAGCGGAGAAAUGACGAGCUCUACUACCAGUCAUGCGAGUGUGUGGCCGUCAUGUUCGCCUCUAUCAGCAAUUUCUCAGAGUUCUACGUUGAGCUGGAGGCCAACAACGAGGGCGUAGAAUGUCUGCGGCUUCUCAAUGAGAUCAUUGCUGACUUUGAUGAGAUCAUCAGUGAGGAUCAGUUUCGUCAGCUGGAGAAAAUCAAGACUAUCGGAAGCACGUAUAUGGCAGCGUCUGGCCUGAACGACUCCACCUACGAUAAGAUCGGCCGCUCACACAUUCGUGCUCUGGCUGACUACGCCAUGCGUCUCAUGGACCAGAUGAAGUACAUCAAUGAGCACUCCUUCAAUAACUUCAAAAUGAAGAUUGGUCUUAACAUAGGUCCAGUAGUGGCUGGAGUAAUAGGGGCUCGUAAACCCCAGUAUGACAUCUGGGGCAACACAGUGAACGUAGCCAGUCGCAUGGACAGCACCGGAGUUCCUGAAAGAAUACAGGUUACCAGUGACCUCUACCAGGUCCUCCAUUCCUAUAACUACUCACUGGAAUGCAGAGGAGUUGUCAAAGUCAAAGGCAAGGGAGAAAUGAUGACAUAUUUCCUGAAUGGUGGACCAAGCAGCAGUUAACAGAAACCUGUAUCUUACAGUCAUGACACUAAAGACAUGAAGUGGCUUGACGUGUUAAUAGAAAGCAAGGUGCUGAGCAUCGGGGUCUCUUUGCUCUGUCUAUAGGGACAGAGGAAUUGUUUAAAGAUGGCUCACGGAGCAUUUUGACCUUUCCACAUAUUAAACCCUAAAUAGAGGAAAUCCUCAAGGGUGAAGGUCAAGAUGUGGAGAAAGGAGUUGGAAAGUCUGUCCACAUCCACUGAAACAUCAUCAUUAGAAGAGACCAAAGAAAAGUAAAAGAAUAUCAGAAAUGCAAGACGGUUCACCUGUUCAGACUUUUCUCCUUGAGGGAGAGGGUGAAUGCUCGGACCCUGACUUGAGGCCGUUCCUCAAAAUAACAAAACUGUCUGACGUCACUGAAUUUGGAAAAAAGGCAGAUGUUUUAUGUGUAUAUGAUGCAUCUAUGAUCUUUGGGAAGCAAUCUAUGUUCUCACAGUCUCCUUGUCCUUAAACAAUGUUGAGCCAAACAUGCUGGUGCAGCAACAGCAUAUUAUUAUACAUCCUUCUCUUGUCCAGUGCUGGAGGACUGUGGUGGAUACCUGCAAGGAGAACUGACAGUGUUCUGUGUCUGGCUACUUCAGAAUGCGACUGCUCUGUUUUGGGUGUGUGUUCACACACACACACACACACACACACACACACACAAAUGUAGACAGAAGAGUGUUUUUCACUGAAGAAAAUACACACCCACUUACUGAACUGAAGACACUCUGGAGGAUAGAAAUAACGGUCAAACCUGCGUUUAUUUUGUAUCUUUGAGAUUUUGUAUUUUGUCUCAAAAACCAAACCUUAUCAAAGCUAUUUUAGAUUCUAUAUUUUGUACAUUAAUAUAUUAGAGCGAUGUCUAUAAACAGAGGUGUGUAUUCAGAUGUAUAUAUCUAAAGAAAAUUGCAACAAUCAUGUAUAUUUUAAUGGGAAAGUUCAUUUUCUUUCACCUUUACUCUCCUUUUGCAUCGAAGCUAUUUCAGGUUCACAAAAAAAUCCUAAAAAAAAGAAAAAAGAGAGAAAUAGUGUCUUUUAUCCUACAGUGUGUUUCGCAGUAGAAAAAUUGCAGGAGUUUUCCACAGCCAACGUUGUUGAAGCUAAUGAAACGUUGUUAAACCAGUACAGAUCAGAUCUUGCACCCUACAGCAAGAGGUUAUGUAUUACGUGGGGACGUACAAGAUGCCCCACAUCUCUUUGGCCAUUUUUGCACUGCACCUCUGCCUUUCUUAGUGUGUCAUACACUGCUUUUCCCUCCCAGCUCAAUCAGAUGGUACGACCCAAUGAAUGUUCAAUUUCUCCAGCGAGGCCUUCAUAUGUACAGAGUGACCACUAAACAUCAGUGCCAUGCUCAUCAGGAGUCCUUUAGGCAUAUCUUUAUUCAUUUCAGCUGGAAGGGUUCUUCAGUGUGUUUUUGCCAAGUACAGGCAGACAGGCGCCAAAUUAUCCAAUUUCUUAUCUUUAAUGAAGAAAGAUAGUGAAGAUGCUAGUUGAUAUCAGUCUUGAAGAAUUGUCUGUUACAGCACGUGCACUAUCAGGUUUUCACCUGGAAGAACCGUAUACUGUAUGGGAAUAGAAUUUAUUUUUUCCUUUUGACAUUCAGUCACAACUUUACUACUUUGUGGGGCAUCAGAAAUUAAUUUCUCUUUGCAGGGGAAAAUGCAGUGCCAUAUAUUUACUGUCACUUUGUGAACACCCAAAAAAGAGGAGCUACAGUGAUGUCAAAAUUGUAUGUUUUGGUAAUUUCUGUUUUAUUCUAAAUGAGCAGUUGGAGGCCUUUGGAUCUCGGUCAGUGCAGGUUCAGCUCAGUUAAAGAGGCAUGACAAUUAUGAUGAACUGUACGAUGUAAUAACCACACCUCUUUCUCGUAGAUGUUGAGGUUCUGAGGCUGUUUAUCUGUACUUAAAGGACAUGCUCAUUUUAAUAAUGGAUAUUGAUGAACUGCAGAAUUCAGAGCUAAUUUAUGGUUUGUUUUUCCUUAUCUGUGAUGUCAAAACAAACACUAUACCCUUUUUUUACAUUCAAAUAAAUCACUUCAAUGUUUAUAUAUUCUGGAAAUAAAUUAGGCCAUCAGUGCUUAUGCUCA